GAUCGCCUCCGCUCCGGUGCCCUGGUCCUCUCUCACAUCUACUGCGCCACCUUCACACACACCAUCUGUAGAAACAACCUAUUAAUGGAGCAGACGAAUCAGCCGACAAGUCAGAGUAGUAACUUAGUUCAUUCUAUACAAUCGGGUCUGGAAAAGAGGGCAGUGGCUGACCCGAGCGAAAAUGAAGGCUGGGGAGAAGAAGUCUCAACAGGCCCACAAAAGAAGGCCGUCACUUGA